AUUGAUGGAUUGCAUGUACAAUAUUGUUCGUAAGAGAGUUUGUGGAUAAGAAAACAGUACAAUAUUGUCAUUUUUAUGUACCAUUGAGUGAGAUAUUCAGACGUCAAACUUAUCGAAAUUUUCAUUUCAAUUUCAAACCCCCAAAAAACAAAAUAAAAUGGCGUCGAUGCCAAAUUUCUUUGAUGACGAUGAUGUACCGUCUUUUUACGACGAUCAAUGUCAGAUUAUAGACGUAGAGGGUUCAGAACCGUCAGUUCUUGAGUACACAGACUCUAGUGCUCUCAUGCCAGGUUCUGACGUCACUCUGACCCGACUAAACACAGACGAAAGUGAGCAAGAACGUAAUUUCUUCAGUCUUGAUUUUGAAAUUGAAGGUAUUGGAAGUUGUGAAAGCAACUUGAUUAAAACAGAGUUUCUACCGAAAGAGCAGGCUAACUUGAACUUGCAGAGGCACACUACGUUUGGCGGCGAAUCCCCGAUGUCCUGGACAGCAUCCAUGUCGGGUUCGGAGCCACGCAGUCCCACAUCAUCCCACUCUGAUGACAGUGGUGGAGAUGACUUGCUCGAGUAUCUUUUGAAAGACUCGAGCAUCAAGGUUGAGCCGCAAUUGCCGAAAGUAUUAGAUCUACCAACGGAUCUGUCCAACAUCUCGUCCAGGACAAGACAGCAGAGGCAAACACGCAGCAGCAGCAGUCGUGGCCAGGCCCAUGAUGAUGGUAAUGAUGCCACCCGGGGUGUUUCCAAGCAGAAAGGCCCGUGGGGAAACACCAAACUGAGAAACACUAGCAAGAACGCCAUCAUGGCACGUGAAAACCGCCAGAGGAAAAAGGCUUUCAUACAGAACCUGAUAGAUGCCAACAAGGAGCUCACCGACGAGAACGUUACUCUCAAUAAAGAAGCUGUUGCAGUCCAGAAGAAGAUCAGCUCCUUGGAGGAAGAGGUCAAGUAUCUCCACAAAGUGUUGUUCAACCAAAGUGCACUGGCGGGUUUACUCAAGAAAGUCGAUCAGAAAGAAGUCCGACUCAAUACCAGCCACCUUGGAGACGAGACGGAGGAAGGAGGCUCACCGUCUUGCAGCGGAGGUGUAUGUCUUCAUGUUAACGGCACCAAUGCUACCCUGAAGAUGUGCGCCAGAUGUGCUCGAGAUGACCAGCCUUGAAUUGAACCAAAACACUUCAAUACAUGUUAAAUAAAAAACCUUACCAUGUAUAAUGUAAGUAUCAAAGACUUUUUUCCUCCAAGCAAGAAGACCUGAGGCGAUGGAGAGCUAAAGAGGAGAUGGAACAAGAUGAAACUGAAGAAUCUUUUCAAGUUCUAAGAUGACAGACAUCCAAGGACUUCAUAUCAAGACGAAGCAAGCAAGAGGAGUUCUCAACGGGUGGAGAAAGACCAACAUUCAAAAAUUGUAACAGAUUUAAGGAGCAAUUUAAUACUACUCCAAAUUGCCACCUAAAUACAUAUCAAAACUGCAGGUUUUUGGUGUGCAGGUUAUAAAUUGCUCCUUAAUUCUAGUUAAACUAAAAAGAACAGUUUUGUUGUUUUUUGCCUUUGUUUUUGUUGUGAAAAUCUUGUUUAAAUUAAUAUUUUCUUUGUUCUUUUUCUAAAAGGUACUUAGACUACGAGUUGAAGUGAAAUGAGAAGUUGGUUUUGCUUUAAAAGCAGAAAGUUACUAUGUUUUAAAUGUGAAAUCUUAAAGUUGUGUUGAAACUGUUCAAAAGUGUUUGGUAAUAUUAUCACCCACUUAUCAGACAGCAUAAAAUCAACUUCUAGCUCUUUGUACGGACAAAAAAGUGUGACUCGAUAAGUUGUAAAGAAACUGAUAAAAAGCAGGGGGUUUCAAAUUCAUGAACUAUUGCCAAAUAUGUUGUCCGAAUGUCAAAUGCUUUGUGAAAGUGCAGGGGUAAUUAUGUGCUUUUUGGUAAGUGGUUGUAACUAUGUGGUGAUAAUGCAUGACGGUGAACACAAGACAAAAUGGGCACUUGCAAGCCGCGCCAUCAUUGCUGGGGUGCUUGAACAAAUUGGGGAAGAUGCCCAAAUCACAUGAAAUCAAACGUCACCAAUUUUUACCAUGUCUUUGUGUACGAAACGUUGUGCUGCUACUUGCUGGCCCCCCAGAAAUUGUGGCGCUGCAUGCAUGAAUUAAAUGUACUGAAGAGGGUUGCUUUACAAAGGUUUCCAAAAGUAUGAGCUGAAUUUGAUGUGAAUCAAUUGUCACAAUUUUGACUUAAAGAUUUAAGAUGUGAGGCAGACAAUUCAGGUGUGGGGGAAAACACUUCUUGAUUUGGAUUUUGUGUCGAGCACAAACAGCCUAUUGGAAGUAAAAUCUCUGCGACAUUGAUUUCAAAUUCCAUCAUAUAUUUGGAAGCCUUUCUACUUUGUCUGAAAAGCCAAUCUAACCCAUGGAGUUACAUUGUGUUUGAAUUACAGGAAAGCGUUAACCGUAUGGUUGAUGGCUUACAAGACCUUUGCACAUAGUUGGCCUGCACCUUUUGCCAACUAAGAUCUUUGCUGGAGCUGGCUAGUUUUGGACAGUAUAGCCGAGAAGUGGUAGCUUGGUGUGGUCCCUUGGACUUUCUUACAAUUUCAUCAACUUUUAAGACUCAAAAGGUAGUAUUAAUUAAAGGUAACGUAUACACAUAUUCACCAGGUCAAUUAGAAUUUUUUUUUUUUCAUAUGCUGUGCCCAUCUUGAGUUUUGUUUCAGAAUAUAACUCCUCUUUAUACAAGCCGAUUUGAGGUUGGCAGUUUUUCUGCUGCAAAAGUUUUGAUUGAAAAGUUGAACAAAUUCUUCCUUAAAAAAAACCCAAGAUGGCCACUUUAUAAUGUUACGUUCACGAUGGAAAUGUUUGAACCAAGCAAAACGUUGGCGUGUUGAGUAUUUAGGAAUGUUUGGGUUGAGCUUAACAGUUUAAUGGGAAAACAAAUCUUUAAUUUUAUUUGUCUUCAGAGAAGUGGAAUGUUCAGAUCAAGUUCAUACCCACGUACAAGUUGUCAUAGGCACUUUUCAAAUGUUCAGUAUUGUUUGUACAAAAAUGAUGCUUUAUUUAUCACUUGUACCCCAACAUUUUGCAUGGCUGAAACAUCAAGAAAAUUACAUACCUUCAAUUUGUGCGAAUUACAGACCUUCAAUUUGUAUAGCCCACGUGUCUGAAUCCCAAUUUAGCUGUUAGUGUUACAUGUUUUUUGUUUACAGACUUGUUAAAGGCUCUAAUGUUUUCGCAUUUCUUGUUUAUUUUUAGCAGUCAAAAAGAUGUAAGUAUUAAUUAAAGAGGUAUUCAACUUCAAGGACCUCGUUGGUUUGCACUGUUUGGACUUGAUCAACAUUUCCAGGGUUGGGUAGAAAUGAUGGUACACGUUGUUUUGUUGAAGGCGUGGUCAAUUACGGAAAACAUGUAUACAUUUCAACUGCUUUUCACAUGUUUUUGUAAUCAUCGCAAAUUGGCUCUAAUUUAGUACGUGUCUUUUUAGACACAAAUUUGCUCAUUAUUUAACAAUUGGUGACCGGUUGGAGAAGAGCUGUUUUGUUAGUGCAGUUGUAGAAUCUUCUUUGGUCACAGAUUGUUCAGCCAGUGCAACUGAUAAGGCCUAAAACUGAUGGCUUCCCAAUUUAACAAAUUUCUACAAAUAAAAAGGACUCAUCAUUAGUAUUACUCUUCUAAUUUCAAUCAACUGCAGUGAAAGUAAGCACUGCUGAGAUGAUGCAUUUGGGACCCCGCUUCACUGGGUGGCAUUUUGUGUUUAAAAUGGUCGGCCUGUCUUUCAUGUUUGCACAAGUCUUCAAAAAUCAAUGCUGUAUAAAUUAUUAUCGCCCGUCUAGGCAAACUGUCUAGUAUGAAGUUGAUGUACAAAUUUUGAAAAUGUUGCUAGCCAUUUUUGCUUGGCUUAAUUCGGACAACAUCAAGCUUCAUAUAGGAGUCCACUCAGUUGCAAUACCAUGUGGUCCUUGGAGAAAACACAGGUAUGUAAACUUGAUGUAAUUGAAUGUGUCGUGAUUAUGUUAUCCAGAACCAACCAGAACAAUGUCUUUCAAUUCAAUGUAAUUCUAUUUUCAGAGAAAAAAAUCUUGGAUAAUUUCCAACCAUUACCAUUUAGAAAGGUUGAUUCUUAUUUGUGUCAAAGUACAACUUGCACAUUCAUUCAGUCUCUAUGGCAGUGUAACCUCUUUGCCUGAGCAGCAAGGAAUACAUGAAUCAUGUUUGUGCUUUUUAUUUAACCUGGGCACAAUUUCAUCAAAACUUCUGAAAUUUUUAAAAGAAUCGGUUACAACAUUAUUUGCUUAAUAUUGACUUUUAUUUUUAUUUUUUUACGACAUAUUUGUGUUUAUUUUAAAUCGGAGCACUUGCAUUCUAGUUGGUGUUUUACCUUCCUCGAUAAUAAAGUUUCUGGAAAAAAAAAACGAUCAUUGGACUCAAUGAGAGCAUCGGAAACUUCAAUCGAGAGCUGAAAUGACAUCUUUAACUGAAGGUGAAUUGUAUAAGUGCGUAUCUAAAAGAAUGAUUUCCUGGUAAUAAUUUAUGAAGAUAGUUCGUUGUUAAUAAGAUUUAAAACUAUUUUGCUACACAUGGACCAUUGUAACAAGAAUCCAAGGUUCACAAAACCAAAAAAAUUAUAAAUUUUACACUUGAAAUUGACAUACCAUCUGUUUUUAUUGAAAUGAAAAGGGAAACCAGAUUUCAUGUUAAUGUGCAUGGAAUUGGUUCCGGUAGACACUGAUUAUUUUGUGAAAAGUUGUCCUUGCAGAAAUUGUCUUUAAAUGAGCCUACUACUGAUGAUGUCACAGUUUGUUUACUACUUUUCAGAAGAAUGGGAAACCAUCUAUAUGCGUUUUGCCUCUGCACAAUGUUGCAGCACUUGUGCAAUGUGGUCGACACCAUGACUUCAUCAGUACGGGGAUCUAUUGGACUAGUUACACCACUAUGUUCCGACAUCUUUAUAUUCCAACACCUUGGGUGUUUAUUCCUAAAUGUUACCCAAAAUCUAUCUGUAAAUCAUUUGGGCGUUUUUGGAACAUAGGUUUGUCGUAUUUAUGGACGUAACCACUGGACAAAUAUUUGCUUUUGUAGCAUAAAUGCAGUGCAAAAAAAACACUACAUGUAUUUGCACUGUGGACAGAUGGAGAAGUUUGUCACUAGCAUAAUAUUCUGGUUGGUUCUGGAUAUGAAUUUGGAGCCCUUGUAAAUGUGUUAUUUCUUAAAGCAUCGUAGUACUGUUAAAAACUUACUGAUGAUGUUCUAAACACAACGUUGUAAAAUAUGUAAAAAGAAAAUACUUAAACUGUACAAAUAAAACAAAAAUAUUCUAAU